GCGAUAUUGGCACUCUUUUGAACUCGUCUCAAAUCAAAGUCUUUUGGUUGAUCUAGUUUGAGUUAUUUCUUUCUUUAGUUUGAUUUUGAAAAGAGAAAAUAAUAAAUUACAAUGCUGAAAUUAAAAGAUAGAAAUUGGAAUAAAACUCUUGCAUGGUGUGUUGGAAUAGCGAUCUUUGGAAUAAUGUUCGGUUGGGUCCUAUUUCCUGCACUCCUCAAAAAAGGAAUAAAAUCACAAACUGCAUUGAAACCCAAUUCUCGAAUUCGUGGUAUGUGGACCAAUAUUCCUUUCCCAUUGGACUUUCGCAUUUACCUUUUCAAUGUAACAAAUCCAAAUGAUGUGAUGAAGGGAAGAAAACCGAAACUUCAGGAAGUUGGUCCGUAUUUUUUUCAAGAGAAAAAAACUAAGAUUAACAUGGUAGAGCAUGAAGAAGAUGACAUGGUUUCCUUCAAUGCUGUUGAUACGUUUAUCUUUGAUCCCUCAAAAUCUGAGGGUCUGACAGGAGAUGAGAUUAUCAUUAUGCCACAUAUUUUCAUGGUCGCUAUGGCAGUGAGUGUGGCAAGGGACAAAGCUCCUAUGUUACCAAUGGUUAAGCAAGCUAUCAAUAUCAUGUUCCACGAGCCUCAAAGUGUCUUCGUCCCUAUACGUGUGAUGGACCUACUUUUCGAUGGAAUUGGACUUGAUUGUAGUUCUGAGGAAUUCGCUGCAAAAGCCGUGUGCACAGCACUGGAAACAGAACCAACCAUAGACAAAUACAACGAUACGACUUUCAUGUUCUCAAUUUUUGGACCGAAAAAUGCAACGCCCACGAAAACCUUCACUGUCUACAGAGGUAUGAAAAAUAUCCAUGACUUGGGACGUGUGGUGAAGUACGAUGGUGAGGAUGAGAUGGAUUUGUAUGACGAUGAAAAUUGCAAUCAAUUCCGCGGCACGGAGGGUACAAUUUUCCCACCGUUUAUGACAAAGGAUCAAGGGGUUUGGGCAUAUGCCCCAGAUAUGUGUCGCUCUCUACCAGCCACCUAUGAACGCCCAUCUUCAUAUGCGGGCAUAAAAACCUCCCGCUUCACAUUAAGCUUUGGUGAUCAUAAAAAAGACGAGAGCCUACAUUGCUACUGUCGCGAUCCACCAGAUGGUUGCCCACCUUAUGGCAUUGCUGAUUUCUCACUGUGCCUCAACGGAGCCCCACUCCUUGGUUCCAUGCCACACUUCUACGAUGCCGACCCAGCGGUACAGCAGAAAGUUCUCGGCCUCAACCCCGAUCCGGAAAAGCACAAAAUCUUCCUUGAAUUCGAACUCUUUUCGGGCUCGCCACUCGCUGCAGCAAAACGCAUGCAAUUUAACAUCCAAAUGAUGCCCAUACCGGAAAUUGAAUUUAUGAGUCGCAUGGAUGAAUAUAUUCAUCCACUCUUCUGGGUGGAAGAAAGUGUGUAUCUCAAUAAGACGUUCACCAAUCAAGUCAAGUACGGACUAAUGCUUGUUCAGAAGAUCAAUUGGUUGAUUCGCUGGACGUGCGUUCUUAUUGGGCUUUUUGGUGGUGGAACAGCUGGAUACAUGCUAACCAAAGGAAAACCCCCAACUGUUGUGACUCCAGUAGAGGAGGGAGAUGAAACAAAUGGAAAGGUAACUGGUGGACUUACUCUACCGCCCAUUGAAAAGCCCGAUGGGUUGAGCAACUUUCAUAAGAACAUUACAGUAUCAACUAUAGAUAAUCAAAUAGAACGCUACUAAAGCGCGUAGACCACGUGAAUAAAAUUCCCUGCACAUGUUUCUCUGAAAAUUGGAACUCCCCUUUGUGAGCUCUGCAUAUGAAAAAAAACUGCAAACCACAUCGUGCGGAAUUAUUAAAGAGAGUAAAGCACCUUUUGAUAUAGAAAUGCUCUCAAUCGGUGUUGAAAUGUGCAAUACUGCUAUGUGAAUUUCUUAACGAUGAAUUUGAGGUUUAAUCGCUUACAAGUUAUAAUUGAAUAAUCAACUCGAUAUUAUGUCAUUGCUUCUACAGCAGCAUACAGUAUCUUAUGUUUGAGACAUGAAAUUUUCAAUAAUAUAAUUUCAAACUGGUAAUCGACAGUAUAGGUGCAUCUGGUAAUAAAAUCAAUUGUAUUGUCUUUGUCCUAAAUUAUCUGCCUCAACGAAUGGGUGUAUGCAGGAAGAUGGGCAGUGUAACGGAAAAUGAUGGACAAUGUUACAGGAAAAUAAUCAUAUUUCAUAAUUGUUGAGCUCCAAGGUGAAUUGAAUUCCUUUGAGUAGAGAAACUCCAGUGUGUGGGGAAUUUUGAUAUGUGCAAAAUGCUAUAUAAGUAAGAAUUCUAAACCUCACUCCCUCGAACUAUUUGCACAAUAUGGGCAACAUUAGAGAUGUACCUAUCGCUGAGUUAUUUUUCAAAUAAAUGUUACACAAGUUGUAGUAAAUUAA